AGAAUGUGUUUCUCUUCCAUUUCAGAAGUCAACAUGCAGUCUGAAACUAACGUUACAGUUCAAGAUGCCGUUGAUGACAUCAGCACCAAUAUGUACCAGCCACUGUCUUAUCCAUUAAGCUUUCAAGUUUCUCUCACUGGAUUUCUGAUGCUGGAGAUCGUUUUGGGACUUGGCAGCAACCUCACCGUACUGGUACUUUACUGCAUGAAAUCCAACUUAAUCAACUCUGUCAGUAACAUUAUUACAAUGAACCUUCAUGUUCUCGAUGUAAUAAUUUGUGUCGGAUGUAUUCCUCUAACUAUAGUUAUUCUUCUGCUUUCAUUGGAGAGUAACUCGGCACUGAUCUGCUGCUUCCACGAGGCUUGUGUGUCCUUUGCAAGCGUCUCCACUGCCAUCAAUGUCUUUGCAAUCACUUUGGACCGAUAUGAUAUCUCUGUGAAACCCGCUAAUCGGAUUUUGACAAUGGGAAGGGCUGUGAUGCUUAUGACAUCGAUUUGGAUUGUCUCUUUUUUCUCAUUCCUGAUUCCAUUCAUUGAAGUCAAUUUCUUCAGUCUUCCAAGUGCAAAUACUUGGGAAAAUAAGACACUUCUGUGUGUCAGCGCGAAUGAAUACCACACAGAACUAGGGAUGUACUACCACCUUUUAGUACAGAUCCCUAUCUUUUUCUUCACUGUUAUAGUAAUGUUAAUUACAUACAGCAAAAUACUCCAGGCACUGAAUAUCCGAAUAGGCACAAGGUUUUCUACAGCGCAGAAGAAAAAAGCAAGGAAGAAAAAGACAAUUUCUUUGUCCACACAACACGAGACCACUGAUGUAUCACAAAGCAGCGGGGGGAGAAAUGUGGUCUUUGGUGUAAGAACUUCCGUUUCAGUUAUAAUUGCCUUACGGCGGGCUGUAAAGCGACAUCGAGAACGACGAGAAAGACAGAAGAGAGUCUUCAGGAUGUCGCUGUUGAUCAUUUCAACUUUCCUUCUCUGCUGGACACCAAUUACAGUUUUAAACACUACAAUUUUAUGUUUGGGCCCAAGUGACCUUUUGGUAAAGUUGAGAUUGUGUUUUCUAGUCAUGGCGUAUGGAACUACCAUCUUUCACCCUCUUCUAUAUGCAUUCACUAGGCAGAAAUUUCAAAAAGUUCUGAAAAGCAAAAUGAAAAAGCGAGUGGUUUCGAUAGUGGAAGCUGAUCCAAUCCCAAAUAAUGCUGUAAUACACAACUCAUGGAUAGAACCUAAGAGGAACAGGACAAUUACCUUUGAAGACAAUGAAGUAAGACAGAAGUGUUUAGUACCUCAGGUUGUCACUGACUAG